AAAUGAAGACCUUUACUUAGUCAUCUUUACAGAUGAUUUUUCCACACACUACCUCUCCUUGUUCUUUACACUAUCAAGAAAGCCCCUUUUUUUUGUGUCCAAAAAGUGCUUUAUGAAUACCACUUUACUUUUCUUGAAUCAGUUACAGAUUGAUCAACCAAUUUCUUGAGCUGAGUGAGCUUUUUGGGAAGAAAAUUGCAAAGGGGUUUUGAAAAAUUUUAAGUUAUGAGUGGUGAAGUGAUCAAAGCUGAAGGGAUCUGUGAUGUAGAGAAUACUGUAUUUGUAGCCGUGGGAAAGAAUGUUAAAGAGGGUAAAUCUGUACUUUCUUGGGCAUUGAAGAGCUUUGCUGGUAGAAGAAUUUGUGUUCUUCAUGUUCAUCAACCUAAUCAUUUGUUCUCACCAACGGAUGGGAAGCUUUCAGGUGCAAAGCUAAAACAGCACGUGGUGAAGGCAUGCCAAGAACUUGAAAGACUAAGAGCGCACAAACUUCUAAACCAGUAUCUUCUCUUUAUAUCCCAAGCUGGGAUACAGGGGGCCAAGGUGUGGCUUGAAAUAGACAAUGUGGAGAAAGGGAUAAUACAUAUUAUUGAACAACACAAAAUUCAAUCGCUUGUGAUGGGAGCAGCAGCCGAGACUCACUACUCAAAGCAAUUGUUAGAACUCAAGUCCAGCAAAGCUAAAUUUGUGUGCCAACAUGCACCAAUGCACUGUCAAAUUUGGUUUACUUGCAGCGGGUGCCUGAUACAGACAAGGUCUAUGGAUAACUCUCUUUUAAGGGGCAUGGAGUCAUUGUCUUCUCCAGAAGAUAAUGGAGGAACCAAAUUGCAUAAUCAUGUUGACGACAGUUAUGAAGAUUUGGACAGUUAUCAAGAUUUGAACAUUUCAGAAGAUGCAUCAAGGUCAGAUAACAAAAUAGUCAAGAUAGAGAUCAAGGAUGACUAUUCACCCUUGCACUCAAAAAACAAACAUGAAGCACAUUUGCUUCAUGCAACAUCUCAACCUUUGCUGGAAGAAGAAAGUUUUCUCAGAAAAGCCUCUAGUGAUGAAAGGAGUAGACUGGAGCAUGCUAUGAUGGAUGCUGAGAACUCAAAACAGAGGGCUUUUGAAGAGUCAGUAAAACGGUGGAGAGCUGAAGAAGAUGCUAUGGAGGCUAUCCGCAUGGCUGAAGUGUCAUAUAAAUUAUCCAAGGAAAAGGAAGAUCAAAGAAAAGAGAAGGAAGAAAUUUUGGCAAAGCAAAAAGAAGAGAUAGAAAGAUUGAAGAUUCAGCAUGACCUGUGUCUAAAAGAACUUCAGAAGACCCAGGAGAAGAAGCUUGUAUUAGAAAGUCAAAUAACUGAAUCCUCCUAUGCAGGGCAGGAGUUAGAGGAGAAGAUAAUUCAAGCUGUAGAGCUACUAAAAUCCUUUAGGAAGCAGAGGGAUGAGAUGCAGAUAGAGCGUGACGAUGCAAUCAAAGAAGUUAACAGAUUUAGAAAAUUGGUACAAGAUGAUGCCGAUGAGUAUUGUAUCAAAAAUUUCUUUUCAAUUUCUUUCUGCGACAUUAUAGAGGCUACACAAAAUUUUGAUCCAUCCUCAAACAUUGGAGAAGGAAAAUUCGGUAGUGUUUACAAGGGGAUUAUUCACCAUGUAAAAGUAGCUAUAAAGAUGUUGCCUGCUUGUGGUUCUUUAAGCGAUUCGGAUUUCCAACACAAGGCAGAAAGUUUGAGCAGGGUGAGGCAUCCAAACCUUGUUACACUGAUGGGGAUUUGCUCAGAGUCUAGGUCCCUUGCUUAUGAAUUCCUUGAAAACGGAAACCUUGAAGAUCACCUGGCUUGCCGCAAAAAAUCCCGCCCUCUUCAUUGGCAACAUCGGAUACGAAUUGCUGUCGAGAUAUGCUCUGCUCUUAUCUUUGUUCAUGCCAACGAUCCUUGCAUUGUCCAUGGGAACUUAAGACCUACCAACAUUCUCCUUGAUGCUAAUUUUGUCAGCAAAAUAAGUGAUUGGGGAGUCCAUCUCUUGAUUUCGCAUAAGGAGAAUUCCGAUAAUGAUGACCCAGAAUGUGUUGACAAGGGACAGAGUACUGUAGAAUCUGAUGUUUACUCAUUUGGCGUCAUACUUUUACGACUUUUGACUGCAAGACCAGCUUUGGGUAUAGUGAGGGACGUCAAGUGUGCUUUGGAAAGUGGGAACUUGGGUUCAGUUUUGGAUUCUUCAGCUGGUGAUUGGCCAACUGAACUAUCGGAACUGUUGGCUUAUCUAGCAUUGAGGUGCUGUGAGAAAGUUCCUUUAAAUCGGCCUAAUAUGGUGUCCGAAAUCUGGCCAACAAUUGAGCCAAUGAGAGAUAUAUGCACACCACACUCGGAUUUGAAUACUUCAUCUCAGGGUUCCAAGGGUCAAAGACGAAUUCCUCCUCAUUUCGUUUGUCCUAUUUUCCAGGAUGUCAUGGAAGAUCCACACAUAGCAGCGGAUGGUUAUACAUAUGAAGGUGAUGCAAUAAAAGGAUGGCUGUAUAGUGGACAUGAUACUUCUCCCAUGACAAACCUCAAGCUCGAUACCUGUGAUUUGAUUCCCAAUUAUGCUCUCUAUCGCGCAAUUCAGGAAUGGCAGCAACAGUCCUGAAACUCAUUAGGGUCUAUAACGCCUUUUCACAGACAAAAACAGCUUCAAAGUUGAAAUAUAUACUGGUAUAGAAAGUAAGCCGUAUCCAAUGGUAGUUAGUGUUAAUACUUGGAUUCAACUUAUUUGAACUUGUCAGGGAAGUAUACAAGUGACUGCAAUAUUCAUAUGUACAGAUUCUAUCACUAUGUCCCUGUAUAUUUUGCAAACUUAAUAUCAAUAUUGAGCAAAAGGACAGUUCUCUUGUU